AUGUCGGUUGACGAAGUCAUCAAGUCAGUCGUUAAACGAUACAGACAUAUGGGAGACGAAUUGAGCGCUGAAAAAAUUAUUAGGCUUUGUGGAGAAUUAAAGGAUGCAUCUGAUGAGUAUGAAGACAUUAUUCGAUUUAUUGUUUCUCUGGCUGACUUUGAUGCUGCAGAAAAGAAAUUCCUUUACAAAAAACGUCUUUUUCGGUUACAGGAGCCUCUUAUAAUAACUCAGCUGAAAAAUCAAUCGCUUAAAAAAUCAAAUACGUGGGAACUCAAACCAGCUAAAGCUGUUCCAGACGAACUUUCGACGCGUCAUUCUAUAAACAGCUCUUCUACACAGAUGUCUGGAACUACUGAUUUAAAAAUCGUUGAUGCAAGAGGCAAUCGGUGUUGGUAUUCUAUUACGCCGGCUAUGUGUAAGAUGUACGGAUCAUGUACAAAAUUGUAUAUGGAUCAGUUGGUUCAAUACUCAGAAAAUAAGAUUACAGAGCAUGAGGGAAACAUUUUGCAGAAAAUAGAAAUUCUUUACUGUUUGGUUUCUUGGGACGAAGUUAUCAGCUCAUUAAAGUUUAUGUUGUGUGGUAGUCCCUCAUUCUUAUUUAGAAAGGAGAAGGUUUGUGGUUUUUUGCGUAAAUGGCUCUCGAGAAAGGCAUUAGAUAUAUUGGAAUUGUUAUAUCGGUUUCGAACAACUUGGACUGGCAUAUAUCGUGAAGCUUGUAAAGACUUAACGAUAAUUAUGGCCAAUCUUCUUCAUUUUAUAGAUAAAGUUAUGAUGGCGUGGUUACAGAAGGGUACACAAAACUCCGAAGAUGGAGUUUUUCGGAAAAGAGACACCAGUGCUGGAGAAGCCGUAAAUGACAUAACUCUGGAAUGGUUUAAUGAUUUUGGAAUUUAUAUGUCGCCGUGUGGUUUACUGGAUAGUUUUUUUUGCGAAAAGUGGGUUCGGGAAGGAAAGUUGCAGAGGAUUCUCAAGUUAUGGCCAAACACCGAAAUUGAUUUCAUAGAUAUGUUUAAAAACUUAGAAGUUAAAGCCACUGACGUUCCUGAAAUUGAUUUUCAAAAACUGCUGGAUGUUCCUUCUGCUUCUACUGUCUUACAACACUUUAUGAGCAGAAAAUAUGAAACGGUAAUUCAGUCCGCAGAUUAUAUAAGAAUACGAAAUGUAAUUUCUUUUUUGUACCGGUCAACGUUUACGCUAAUUCGCAACGUACUUCUCUGCUAUGAUGGUGUUUUAUCAGAUGCAGUAUUUAUGAUUAUGCGGGAUAACAAUAUAUUUAAUAUUUGGAAUCCAGGUGAAGCAAGUGGUAUGGAAGGUUUUGCUGUUUUUGCCAGUAGUACGAUAACUGAAUGUAUAAAAUCUCGCUGUAUAGCAGAGCAGGAUGUGUCGAAGCUGGCAUCUCGUUUCAUUCUUAUUUAUAAAAGGAACUAUUACCUUCAUCUUCAGCUUACUUAUCAGGUUGUUUACCCUAUGCAGAUUAUCUUCACCGAAAAUAUAAUGAAUACAUAUUCUCAGUUUUGGUCGUUCUUCACACGGAUUAAUUGCGAAUAUAACGCUCUUCUAGAGUUGGACCUGCAGGACUUGUCAUUUGAUGGGCAGACAAUGUUAGUACGAUCAGAAAUGUUGAAUUUUAUCUCAUCGAUUAGGAAGUACCUUCUGAUGCAAAUUAAUUCUGUGCUUUUGCUAGAUGUAGAGUUGGACCUGGGAGACAUUUCUGUAGACGACGCAGCAGCUGCUCAGAGGAGGAUUACUGCGGAAUUGCGUGAGCGCUUGUUUUUAAGUAGACGCUACAGGUCACUUCUGUGCGUUUUAAACGACUGUGUAGAUUCAAUAUCGUUGUUUCGUCUGGCUGUUGGUAGAGCUGAUAAAAAUGCAGUGCUAUCUGAAUAUAAAAAGUUUUUCGAGGAUUAUGUUCUAUUUUAUCGGGCCGUAGUAUUGCAAGCAACUGGGUCUAACCAUUGGCUGGAUUUAUUGGCGCUACUGAUUGAUUUGGCUGACAAUCGAUGA